GCGGGCGCCACCUCGGGCCGGCGUCUCCGGCGGGCGGCCGGGCGCUCCUCCGGCUCAGCAUCGGCGCCGGCGGCGUCUCCAUGGGGCCGGGGCGCCCUGAGAUCCUGGCCACGCUGCGCUGAGGGCACGCAGGACCCGGACCCCUGGAGGAGUGCCUUUGUGAGAAGCUGCAAGCAAUUUCUCCGAACUUCAUCUCUUAGUUUUCCAUAGGGACAUCAAGGAGCCAUGAACAACGCGAGUCAUGAGGAGUUCGAUUGCCACUUCCUUGACGAAGGCUUCACUGCCAAGGACAUCCUGGACCAGAAGAUUAAUGAAGUGUCGUCUUCUGACGAUAAGGAUGCCUUCUACGUUGCGGACCUUGGAGACAUUCUUAAGAAACAUCUAAGAUGGUUGAAAGCUCUUCCUCGUGUGACUCCCUUCUAUGCAGUCAAAUGUAAUGACAGCAGGGCCAUAAUAAAGACCCUGGCCGCCAUCGGGACCGGGUUCGACUGUGCCAGCAAGACCGAGAUACAGCUGGUGCAGGGCCUCGGGGUGCCCCCAGAGAGGAUCAUCUACGCGAACCCUUGUAAGCAGGUGUCUCAGAUCAAGUACGCCGCCGCCAGUGGCGUCCAGAUGAUGACGUUUGAUAGUGAGGUGGAGCUGAUGAAAGUCGCCAGAGCCCAUCCCAAGGCCAGGUUGGUUUUGCGGAUUGCCACCGAUGAUUCUAAAGCAGUCUGUCGCCUCAGUGUUAAAUUUGGUGCCACACUCAAAACCAGCAGGCUUCUUUUGGAACGCGCGAAAGAGCUCAAUAUUGAUGUCAUCGGUGUCAGCUUCCACGUGGGAAGUGGCUGUACCGACCCAGAAACCUUCGUGCAGGCGCUGUCUGAUGCCCGCUGCGUCUUUGACAUGGGAGCUGAGGUCGGAUUCCACAUGUAUCUGCUUGACAUUGGCGGGGGCUUUCCGGGAUCUGAGGACGUGAAGCUGAAGUUUGAGGAGAUCACCAGUGUGAUCAACCCCGCACUGGACAAGUAUUUUCCCUCCGACUCGGGAGUGAGGAUCAUAGCUGAGCCGGGCAGGUACUACGUGGCCUCAGCCUUCACUCUUGCUGUUAACAUCAUUGCCAAGAAACUGGUCCUCAAGGAGCAGGCGGGCUCUGAUGACGAGGACGAGGCGAGCGAGCGGACCUUCAUGUACUACGUGAACGACGGCGUCUACGGCUCCUUCAACUGCAUCCUAUACGACCACGCGCACGUGAAGCCCCUGCUGCAGAAGAGGCCCAAACCAGACGAGAAGUACUACCCGGCCAGCAUCUGGGGCCCCACGUGCGACGGCCUUGACCGGAUCGUCGAGCGCUGCGACCUGCCUGAGAUGCACGUGGGCGACUGGAUGCUCUUCGAGAACAUGGGUGCCUACACCGUGGCUGCUGCCUCCACGUUCAACGGGUUCCAGAGGCCCACCAUCCACUACGUGAUGUCAGGCCCCAUGUGGCAGCUCAUGCAGCAAGUCCGGAGCCGCGGCUUCCCGCCCGAGGUGGAGGAGCCGGACGUCAGCGCCCUGCCUGUGUCCUGCGCCCAGGAAAGCGGAAUGAAGCGGCACCCGGCGACUUGCGCUUCGGCUAGUAUUAACGUCUAGAUGCCACUCUGUAGCUGUCAAUGGCGAGCGUAGCUUGAAUUAAGGGAUUUGGGGGACCAUUUAACUUAAUUACCGCUAGUUUUGAAAAGUCUAAGAGUAGGGCUGGCACAGCAAUAUGGAGGACUAGGAGAUGGGGUCACACUUAUCUGUGUUCCUAUGGAAACUGAAUAUUUGUUUUAUAUGGAUUUUUAUUCACUUUUCAAACAUGCUACUAAAGAGUGCCCCGCGGUGCUGAGCAAGCGUUUGUAGCUUGUACCAAGGCAGGAGGGGCAGAAGCUUAGUGGUGUGACCUGUUUUGAAAAUAAAGUAUCUUGAAAUA